GGCUUGUUCCUGGGCUCCUGAACCUGGGCAACACGUGCUUCAUGAACUCCCUGCUGCAAGGCCUGUCCUCCUGCCCUUCCUUCAUCCAGUGGCUGGAGGAGUUCACAGCACAGUACAAGGUGGAGCAGGACCAGCCCCAGGAGCACCAGUACCUGUCAGUCACUUUGCUGCAGCUCCUCAGAGCUCUGUCCUGCCAGGAGGUGACAGAAGAUGAUGUCCUGGAUGCCAGUUGCCUGCUGGAAGUGCUGAGGAUGUACAGGUGGCAGAUCUCAUCCUUUGAGGAGCAGGAUGCUCACGAGCUGUUCCAUGUCCUGACCUCUUCCCUGGAGGACGAGCGGGACCGUUGGCCCCGCGUGGCUCACCUGUUUGAUGUGCACUCCCUGGAGCAACCAGAAAUAACCCAAAAGCAGAUCAGCUGCAGGACAAGAGGAACUCUUCCCCCUAUGGCAAACCACUGGAAGUCUCAGCAUCCUUUCCAUGGAAGACUGACCAGCAACAUGGUCUGCAAACACUGUGAGCACCAGAGCCCUGUGAGGUAUGACACCUUCGACAGCCUCUCCCUGAGCAUUCCAGCAGCUGUGUGGGGCCGACCCAUGACCCUGGACCAUUGCCUGCACCAUUUCAUCUCCUCAGAGUCUGUGAAGGACGUGGUGUGUGACAACUGCACCAAAAUCCAGGCAGAAGGAAUUCUGAACGGGCAGAGCAUAGAGAACCAGAGAACAACGUUUGUUAAGCAAUUAAAGUUAGGAAAGCUCCCUCAGUGUCUGUGUAUCCACCUGCAAAGGCUGAGCUGGUCAAACCAGGGCACUCCCCUGAAGAGACAUGAACAUGUUCAGUUCAGUGAGUUCCUGGUCAUGGACAUCUACAAGUAUCGUGUUCCUGUCCAUAAAUCCUGCCGAGCUCAGCAUAGGAAAAACCUGGAGGAGACACCACCUGGAACAAAGGAUGGGAUGCAGCCACCUGGUACCAAACCUCUCCUCAUGAAUGGUGCCUCCUCCUCCUCCUUUUUCAUGUCUCCAGGAACUUUUCCACUUGCUGCAUUCCCUGAGUGCAGCUCCCCCGUGUACCUGUACCGGCUGAUGGCAGUGGUGGUGCACCACGGGGACAUGCACUCGGGGCACUUCGUGACGUUCCGGCGCUGCCCGCGCGGGGCAGUGCCCGGGGGCAGCCAGUGGCUCUGGGUGUCGGAUGACACGGGGCGCAGGGCCCGCCUGCAGGAGGUCCGGGCUCCCAGCGCCUACCUGCUCUUCUACGAGAGGGUCCACACCAGGGCUCAGCACCAGGGCGAGCGCUGA